GGGCAGUGGGUGCUGGGGUCGGUGGGUGCCAGGGGAGGUUGGUGCUGGGUUGAUGGGUGCCGGGGCUGGUGGGUGCUGGAGUCUGUGAGUGCUGGCGGAGGUGGGUGCCGGGUUGGUAGGUGCCAGGGCAGAUGGGUGCUGGGUCGGUGGGUUCCGGGGUUGGUGGGUGCUGGGGUUGGUGGGUGUGAUGUUAGUGGGUGCUGGGGUCGGUGGGUGCUGGGUCAGUGGGUGCUGGGUUCAUGGGUGUUGGGUCGGUGGGUGCCAGUGGAGGUGGGUGCCGGGGUUGGUGGGUGCCAGGGGCGGUGGGUGCCGGGUCGCUGUGUCCCAGGGUCGCUGGGUGCUGGGUGCAGUGGGUGCUGUGUCUCUGGGUGCUGUGUGUGGGUGCCGUGGUUCUGCCCCCCCCCGGGUGCUCUCAGCAGGGCCGGGUGCGGGCGGUGCCGUUGCCGGUCCCACAGCAGCACCCAGCGGCUGCGGCGGGGACACGGGGGGGGGGGCGCAGGGUGCAGGGGCCCAGGCGAGGCGCAAGGAAAGAAGGGGACGGGGGGGGGGGGGUUGGUGGGUGGGGGGGGAGGUGGGGGGGGAGCACCCUGGGGUGCCGGCACCCAGGCUCUCAGGGUGCCCCCCCGUCCCUCUGGCUGCUCGCAGGGCUGGGCUCCGCGUCCCCCCCGUGCCUGGGGGGCUCCUGCUGCCACCCCGAGGAGUUCCCCCCCCUGGCCGCUUUCCCCCACCCUCUGCUGACCCCCCCCCUACGAGACUGGGCCCCCUUCCCCAGCCACGUCCUGCACCCCCCCCGCCCCCCCCUGCCGCUGCUGCCCCCCCCACCCCAGCUGGGAGCCCCCAACCCAGGGGGGCUCCCCAAAACCGAACCCUUCCCGUUGGGUCCUCACUGCCCCCCCCCAAAAAAAACCUUCCCCGGGCUCCUCGGGGGCUCCGCCGUGACCGGGGGCCCCCCCCACGUGGAGAAGGAGGAUGAGGAUGAGGAGGAUGAAGAGGAGGAGGAGGAGGAGGAUGAAGGCCGGCACGGGGCGCCCACAGCCCGCAGCUGCCCACAGGGCAAAAAGGGGGGGUCCCCAGCCGGGGGGGGGGGACAACAAGCUCCCCUUCGCCCCCCAGCACCCAGCCGUGCCCCCCCAGCCCCCCAGCUGGGCUCUGCAGCCCCCCUAGGGUGGGCGGCCGGGGGGCAGAGCAGCAGCGAGGCCCCCGCGCCUACCCCCAUGACCCCCCCCCCAAAAAAAAAAAUACAAAAAAACCCCAAACUUUGCCCCCCGCAUGGCUCCCAAAUAAAGCGUUGUGCAGCGAGGGGCUCGGCGUCUCCCUGGAAGCCCCCCCCAAAAACCUCCGCACCCCAAACCAGGGACCCCCGGCUGCCAAAAAGGGGAUUUUUUGGGGAACAUGGAGAGUGCUUGCUCAGCAAGAUCGCAACCUGCAACGCAGAGGAAGACUACGGCCUUCAUCCUCACGACCACCAGGAGGUCUGA